GAGAGAGAUACACAUAUUUUGAAGGUACUUUUUCACCAAGAUUUCUUCUUUUCUUCCAUAAUUAAUCAUCAUCCAUUCUUGCGUUUAAUUUAAUGGCCAAUAUCCAUCCCAAAACCAGUCUUCUUUAAUCAUCCCCUACUUUCUUUCUGAAUUCUCAAUAUUAAUUAAUGUCUUCAACAACCCCAAAUUCAAGUUCAAAUCUUUUGCAUCAAUUCCUUACCACAGACUCCUCAAUUCCCAAUUCAAACCAAUUCCAUGCACAUUUCUUGAAUGCUGCUGCUGAUCAUCAAUCUUUUGAUCAAGUCCCCACCAUUCAAUCCCUCGGAGAUAGAAUGUCAAGAUCUUUGGACCUUAUCAAUCAACCCGACCUCCUUCUAGAACCUUCCAAUACUCAACCCCCACCAACUAGGAUCGGUCCAUACGCCUCUGAAAUGCUAUCUCUAUCUCUCAGUUCUGAGAUGCUCUUCCGACCAAUCCAACUCCGGCAAAGACCCUCCUUCACCACCUAUUUGUCUUCUUCUUCUUCUUCUUCCAUUCAUCAUGAUCAAGACCAACCAAAGGAACUCGACUAUUAUUCAUCAUUUCCACCACCACCCUCUUCAAAUAAUAAUAAUAAUAAUAAUUCGUAUGGGGUCGAAUCUUUUGCCGGCAUUGACAUGAUUUCGAAUUCCAGAUACCUAAAACCGACACAGUCGCUACUCCGGGAAGUUGUCUGUAUCGGCGGCGAAACUGUUCAAUCCAGCAACGAGAGAUAUUUCAAUAGGAUGUCUUCCAAAAGCAGAAGAGGGUCUUUAAGCUUCUGUUCCGAACUGAAAUCUGAUAGUCUACUCCUCCGUAAUGAUUCAGAUGGAUUUCAAACAUUGGGAAAACUCAUCUCUUUGCUGCAGGAGGUUGAGAGAAGAUACGAGCAGUAUUACAAGGAGCUGGAAAAGGCGGUUUCGUCGUUUGAAAUGGUGGCCGGAAUUGGAGCCGGAAAGUCUUAUACGGCUCUUGCCCUGCAAGCAAUGUCGAGGCAUUUUUGCAGCUUGAAGGAGGCGAUCACGUCGCAGAUAAUGGAAACGAGGAGGAAGGAAGGAUUGAGGACGUUUCAGGAGAAAGAAAACCGGUUGUGUCUUCAACAACUUGGAAUGAUGCAGAGUCACCGUCAGGCUUGGAGACCCAUCAGAGGCUUGCCGGAGGUUUCUGUUUCCAUUCUCCGGUGUUGGCUCUUUGAGCAUUUCCUUCAUCCUUAUCCAAACGACAAUGAGAAACUCACAUUGGCAUCUCAGACAGGAUUAACCAAAAACCAAGUUUCAAACUGGUUCAUAAAUGCUCGAGUUCGGCUGUGGAAGCCGAUGAUCGAAGAGAUGUACAAGGAGGAGUUCGAUGGGGAUGCCUACGACAGUUCUGAUCCUUAAGGAAUCAAUCACAGAGCAUUUUUAAUAGAAGAAGAAGAAGAAGAAAAAUGGUUGUUGUUGUUGUUGUUACAUUAUUAUGAUGUAACCUAAUCUUUCUAUGCUCCAAUUUUGACAAAAUUCUACUUAUUUUUAGUUGAAAAAAUGGCAUUUUUAAUCAAUUU